UUUUUGAGUAACAUAAAUUUUAUUUAAUAAAAACUCAGUCAGUUUUCUUCGAUAACUUUCUUAUCACAUCAAUAAAUAAGCAAGAUUUCAAUAUUUUCUUUAAUUCAUACCUGGGCGAUUUGACCGUUUGUCUCGUCGCGUCGUGUGGAAGGGACUAAAAAGAGAGGCGAGACUGGAAACGGCUCGCCAGUUUCAAGUGUGAGUUAGCAAGGGGAACAUCGUUUACGAAAAGUUUUGGAUUAAAGUGAUUUUUAAGUGUCGAUAAAGAAUUAUUACACGAAAAUGGCUAAUAACAGGGCGGCAAAAAGUGGAUUUGCUGCAGAAGCACAAAGAAAGAUUAACGCAAAAUACAGUGAAGAAUUAGCACAAGAAUCUUUAGAAUGGGUGCGAGAAAUAACCGGCGAAGAUAUAAAUAUAGCCGGCGAUAUGGAUAGUUUCUAUGAAGUUUUAAAAGACGGUACUUUACUAUGUCGAUUGAUAAAUUCAAUUCAAGCGGGAACAAUAAAGAAAAUCAACGAAUCUAAAAUGGCUUUUAAAUGUAUGGAAAAUAUAAACGCGUUUUUGGAGGCGGCUAAAAAUUUGGGAGUUCCAACUCAAGAAACGUUCCAAACUGUCGAUUUGUGGGAGAAGCAGAAUUUAAAUUCCGUUGUGAUUUGUCUACAGUCGUUAGGAAGAAAGGCUGGGAAUUAUGGAAAACCAACAAUUGGGCCAAAAGAAGCUGAAAAGAACGAAAGGCACUUUUCCGAAGAAAAAUUAAAAGCCGGUCAAUCAAUCAUUGGGUUACAAAUGGGAAGUAACAAAGGUGCCAAUCAAUCGGGGAUUAAUUUUGGAAAUACGCGUCAUAUGUAAAAGAUUAUUUUUAAAAAAUGCGUUAUUGACCACUUUCCGAUUUUCUAAUAGGAUUACUUAUUUAAUUUAAUAAAUACUCUCUCUAAAGAAAAUGUAAAAAAAAGAAAAUAGUCCUUUUUAAUUUUAAUCUGCAAUUUUUCGUUAUUUAAAUAACGAAAUAAACGCACAAAGUGCCAAGAAAGAAUCAUUCCGUUUUUCUACUAUUAAAAUAUUUGGAUAGUUA